AUCGUGGAUAACUUCAAUUCCCUCUCGUUUGGCGUUAAGAAGCCCUCACGACGGAAAGAUUCAACAGCAUCGGGUGCGAGGUUGUUGGGUCCGACGGACAAUUCGACAUCGCCGUCGUCAUCGCCAUUGUUAUCAUCGUCGGGGAAGCUUCUCGCUUUCUUCCAUUCUUCCUCCUCCUCUAACCAAGCUCCCAGCAUGGCAAUCCAUUCAACGGGCCCACGUUCGGCCUUCUCUGAUUCUUCAACUUCAUCACUUGUAGCUAGGCCAACUGAUAAGUCCUUUCUCAAAAGGUUGUUCAAUAGAGGUAAGCCCAGGGCGGCAACUCUCCCGACUUCACACUCAACCUUCGAACUAUCUGAGCGAUACGCACGACGUGAAAAUAAUUUCUUCGUUCUGCCCCCUUCCCCACAUACCCACCCUCUUCUCUCAAAGCCAUAUGCGCGGGAUGAGCUACGACCUCGAAGCUCGACAAAUUAUUCACACCUCGAUGGGAGCAUAGUGACCGGCGGAGAUGGCUUCAUCCAUGCUCGCAGGGUUGCAGCUAUGAGGCCUGCGGGCCGAUCAGUAGAUAGCGGAGUGAGCCCCGAGAGGGAGAGGGAGAGGGAGAUGUAUGCGAGGGGUAUCCGGGAGCGAGAAAAGGCUGCAAGGGAAGCUGCAGUGGAAGGCAGAUACGUUCAGGAAUGGGGCUUUUUUAUCAAGUGUUAUGCGGAGGGACGGUUCAAUGUAUCGAAUCCUCCGGAUCCGCCGCCACGGAGGCCUGACUUCAAUCACCUCACUGCUCCACUACCGCCGAAUGAGAAGCAGAGGCUCGAGGUAUGAACCCUUGGUCAGCUACAGCUGAUGCUUUGAUGACUAACACCUAAUAGGCUGUCAAUUCCUGCAACGUCUCGCUGCCCCCGGAUGCAAGCGACAAGUACCACCGCCUCGUCCUCCUUGCUAGGAGAGUUUUGAAUGUACGGAUGGCUUCGAUAAGCUUGGUCGAUGAAACCGUUGAGAUCUUCAAAGCCGAGCACGCGUUCAACAGGAAAUACGUUGAUCGAAGUGAGAGCAUUGGCGCUCACGUGUUGUUGUCGAAUGAGCCGAUGGUUGUACUGGAUCUUACAAAGGUGUGUGUAACGAUCAAAGUCAUGUGCGGGCCGACGCUAAUAACAUUAUCCAGGAUUGGCGAUUAAAAGGGAACCCACUAGUUAAGGGCGCGCCAUAUAUUCGAUUUUACGCUGGCGCCCCAAUUAUCACUUUUGACGGGCAAAUCAUUGGAACUUUUUCCGUAUUCGACGAUACGCCGCGGGAUUCCUUCGGCGUUGCUGAGAGGCGAAAGUUGAUGGAUUUCGCUAGACUUGCCAUGACUGAGAUCGAGAAUGUUGUGGAAGAGCGUGAUAUGCGUAGUCGGCGGACUCCUACACCUGUCAUUGAUCUGCGAGUAUUACAUGAGCAAGACCAGCAGUCACUUCUGGGUGAUCGGCUUAAGGCUUCGGGGGGUGGGGCUCCUGUAUCCCCAAGGUCUUCUCCUAAGCCUGCCCAGGGCCCGACGAACUCAAGAACAGCUCGAAAGCGUGAUGCCCCGACACCGGUAAACCGACCAGUGGCCAUUCGCCCUGGUGGAAGGCUCCCGACUAUCAACAUCCCGGUUGGGCCUGAGGAUUGUAGAAAUAGCAGGACUUGUGCCAAGAUCUCUGAUAUGCCUACUCCCCCGCACACUCCUAGCAGACCCUUCUCCUUCACUACCAACAGCUCCCGUCCUUUGGGUUCGGUGGAUGGGGCUUCUUCUCGAGAGUCCUCAGAAGAGGGGUCUACUGACCGCCGAGCACGCUAUAAGCAGCGAAAACCUUCUCCAACCCAGGCGCCUGGACCACGGGAGGUCCCACUUCAGGUGCCGUUUUCUUCCGGGCCGAUCACAUCUUUGGCCGAGGCUUCUUUUGCUACUUCCAUCAUUGCCCGAUCAUUAGACUACGAUUUUGUCUAUCUUCUUCGGGUGUCUCCUGUCGCUCCACAAGAGCCCAGGAUACUUCCGUUGGAGCAAGAAUACACUGGUGAUAAUUUUCACACCAAGGUUCUUGUCGCACAUGGACUCCCUAACCCUCUUCCUGUGUUUGAUGCGAAUCUGCAUUUGCGGGCACUUCGAAGUGCGGGGGGACUUGUUUACCAAAACCCUGCCAGGUCGCAAGAUGAGGAUGACGUUGGAUUCCGUUCGGGAAUACUGCUACCUCUAUUGAGAGAUGGGGUUGACAACGGCCCGGAUGAGGGCUACUCUUCAGCCACCACUCCGAUCGGAAGGGAGUUCCAGCAGAGCGAGACAGCCUGCACGGGUGGGAUAGUAUUAGCGGCAUUCACCCGCAAAGAUGAGAGGGACUCCCGCCCGCCUUUCACAGCGGACGAGGUCCGAUGUCUUCGGGAAUUCGGUGAAGCAAUGAAGGAUAUCCUUCUCCGAGUUGAUCGAAGGUUUUAAACCUAUUCUGCCUAAGCGAAUUUUAUCCAAUUCAGAGAUAUGUACACAGCACCCUUAUCAUUUCCUUUGUCGCCGGUUUUUUCUGCUGGAAUUCCUGGAGUUUGGGAGAGAAUUGUGUUUUUCUUUUUUGGCUUUGAAUUUUGAUUUUGGUUCUUUUGUAUAAUUUUUUUUGGCCCUCUGGCUGGAUUGCUAUUCAUUUACAUAUUAUUUAUUUCCUUUUGGGGUCCUUUUUUUGGUGGGGCGGAAAAAGAAAGGGAUUGGGUCUUAUACAUGCUUUUGGUUUCUUUUGUUGAUGUCUUGCAUCUAUCUAUCGAUAUAUCUGUCUGUCUGUCUACCCGGUCUGGGACAAUGGGGGAAAUAAUUUCUUUUGUUUGGUGAACUGGGUCCACUCUAUCCUGACUUAUUUUUUUGGCAAAGAAAACGAAAUGGGUAGGGCCUAGUAGCUAUCUUGGAGUUUUCUUUUUUUUUUCUUUUUAAGCUUGUAUGUAUUGUUUUCAAGUCCUAUGGGACCGGGGACGGAUGGGUCGGUGGUACAGUGAGACAAGGCACCCGUCGAGAAGACGGGUAAUACAUCGCCAUAUCGCUAUU